AUCCCUUGGUAGCGUGUGUGAGUGUCUUGGAUUGAGAUUCUAAGCCAACAUGUAGACAACAACCAUAGUUGAGAGUUAGUCCAAACUUCAAAAAUUAGCGAUUGAUACAUAUUGUAUAAGAUGCUAAAUUUGAAUAUCUUGAUAGACAAUAUUAACAUAAGAUCCUCAACCGAGAUUUCAUGAGAAUUCACAUGAAAAUGAGUCAAGAUUAGAUAAUUUUAUCAUCAUAAGGGGUACGAUGUGUGUGAAGUUUCACUUGAGAUAAAUAAAAUUUAUCGAAUAAUUAAGUAUCUUUAUCCACUAAUCUCUACACUCAAUAAUUGGUUGAGAGUUUGUCAUAACUCGAGAAUCACAAAUUGUUAUAUGUAGUAAAAGAUAAUAAAUUUCAAUGUCUUAGUUGACAAAUCUUGAUAUACUAUCCUAAAUGGGACGUGAUAAACAUUCACGAUAUGAUUUGUGAUUUGAGAAUAAAAACAUCAUAGAUAAAUGUGAUAAGUAUUGAGAAUUUUUAAUAUAGGCAUAUUGAGAGUAUAAAAGAAGAAAAAGAAGAAAAAGAAGAAAAAGAAGAAAAAAAGAUAUAGAUAAAUUGAUUUAUAUAAAUGUUAAAACGAAACUUUCCAGCCAACAUGUCGGGCAAAAAACUAGUAGCUAUUAAUACCUAUCCUUUUGGUUUAGUGUGUUGUUCCAAUACUUUAUUGUUUGUGUAUCAUUGCAAAUGGUAAGUCUGCGAAUUUUCUUGCAGUAUUUUUCUAGUAGACCUUUUUUAAGUUGCUCGCACGCCAGGAAAAUUCCUUCUUGAUCCAAAAAUUAGCUCUUCGUAUUAUCCUCGGUAUAGUAUGUUCAUGUCUCCUUAUUGUAAAAGUCCAUUAUGAUUGUCCAUCCCCAUCCCUCAGAACUGCCCCUAUCCACACGUAACCCAACCUCGGGGAGGCAUCCGUGUCUAAGUAAUAGUUGAAGAAAAUGAUCAAACGUAGUAGUUUCAUAUUAGUCAACAAACAAAUCAAAUUAAACGUGCUCCAAUUCUAAGAGGCCGAUUCCAGAACUUUCAAGACAUGCAUGCUCAAUAGUUUAAUCUUUAAUAUUAAUCUUUAAGAUAGAGGAGCAUUCAAACAUUUAAUGCUAAAUAGAAAAACAAAUAUCAAAUGCAUGAGAAGUUAGAAAUGCACCCUCCAUCUCCAAGUGGGGGACGUCGUGCUAUUAUUCUUGUAGUAAGUUUGACCUCCUUUUUAUGCGUCUGUUGGAUUCCAUAUGGUUACACCAUCUUGAUGUUGUAUCUUGUGAUCACCUCUCCAUACGCAUCCCUUAAUUCCGAGUUGAAGGCAUUGAAGUUUAGAAGGAAAUCAUUUCCAACAAAUGAUAGCCUUUGUACCAUGCCCACACUCUUGUCGUCACUGUUUGAGCUGCACUCGCUUCAAUCAUAAGGAUUUCUAACGCCCUACGAGCUUUUGUAUCUGUAAGAGUGAAGAGAGCAUCUUCUUUGUUGCUUGUUUCAUAAGAUAUGGAGUUUGUGUGGUACUGAAGGCAAAGAGGGAUGUAGAUCGGUAUAGAAAUGAGAAACAAGUUAUAGGAAAAAAGGUGGAGGUAGAGGUGGUGGAGAAGCUGCACAGGGCAGGUGACACGGUGGAGGCAGCAGGGGACGUGGUGGAGGUCAUGGAGCCGCAGUUGAUCAAGUGCUUGCUGAUGAAGAUGAAGACAUUGAAGCUGCACAGGGCAGGGGACACGGUGGACGAGGUGGAGGUGGAGGUAGAGGUGGUGGAGACGGUGGAGCAGCUGCACAGGGCAGGGGACACGGUGGAGGCGGCAGGGGACGUGGUGGAGGUCAUGGAGCCGCAGUUGAUCAAGUGCUUGUUGAUGAAGAUGAAGACAUUAAAGCUGCGAUUGCAGAACUACUGCUUCAUCCUCCAGGUACAUUGAACCCUUUUUUCUUAUAACGUGUUUUAGAGAAAGUAAGGAUUGAACAUAUAAGAUUGUAGAUGAGUACACAAAGAGGGAUGUAGCUCGGUAUAGAAUCUUAAUCUUAUUGUCCUCCUACUUAGUGAUGGCAAAAAUAUUCAUGCUCGUCAAUACUCAUCUGAAUUUGACCUUCAUGCUCGUCAAUCCUCCACCAACCAAUCGGGCGCUAGUUUUUGUUUCCAGUUUUUUUAUUAAGAAAAUAUUUAAUAACUUGUUGAGCCAUCAUUUAGAUUGCUUCAGUUGAGUGGUGCACUAAAUCAUAACUUGACAUUAUUGAAAUGAAGAGGGGGAGAGUAUAAGGUUUGUCGGCGAUUAAUUUUUUAUGACAAAUAACCUGAUAAUUGUUCAAUCCUUGUCCAUUUUAAACAUAUUCUCAUUGUUUUUGCAUUUAAAGAUUCUCUCAUGCAUUCACUUUUCUUUUUACUAAUAAAUUGACAUUCAAAAAAUUAAAAUUUAGGCAUUCACCACUUUUGUCAAUGAAUACAAAUACGAAAUUUAUUUUGUAUGAUAACUUGCAAGAAAAGGUUGUGGUGGAGGUCAUGGAGCCGCAGUUGAUCAAGUGCUUGCUGAUGAAGAUGAAGACAUUGAAGCUGCGAUUGCAAAACUACUGCUUCAUCCUCCAGGUACAUUGAACCCUUUUUUCUUAUAACGUGUUUUAGAGAAAGUAAGGAUUGAACAUAUAAGAUUGUAGAUGAGUAGGCAAAGAUGGAUGUAGCUCGGUAUAGAAUCUUAAUCUUAUUGUCCUCCUACUUAGUGAUGGCAAAAAUAUUUAUGCUCGUCAAUACUCAUCUGAAUUUGACCUUCAUGCUCGUCAAUCCUCCACCAACCAAUUGGGCGCUAGUUUGUUUUCCAGUUUUUUUAUUAAGAAAAUAUUUAAUAACUUGUUGAGCCAUCAUUUAGAUUGCUUCAGUUGAGUGGUGCACUAAAUCAUAACUUGACAUUAUUGAAAUGAAGAGGGGGAGAGGGAGAGUAUAAGGUUUGACGGCGAUGAAUUUUUUAUGACAAAUAACCUGAUAAUUGCUCAAUCCUUGUCCAUUUUAAACAUAUUCUCAUUGUUUUUGCAUUUAAAGAUUCUCUCAUGCAUUCACUUUUCUUUUUACUAAUAAAUUGACAUUCAAACA